UAUUUUAUUAAACUCAGUAAUUCGCCUUUCGAGAUUACACAAAGUUUACAUGUAGUAGCACGAAGAUAGUGCUGCCAUCGUACACCAUUUUAGAGCAACUAUAAAAAAAAUAACAAAUUUUAUUUAUACCCUGUGGUGGGUACUUCAUAAUCUCAUACACGUUUUGUGUCGCCGCCAUCGUAUACGCUAUUCCCGUGCUAAGUGUUUUAAUUCGAAUAUUUGGCAGUAAUUCGCGUGUGUUAUCAUGGGAAAACGUAAGUUUAGUGAUGAUGAAGAAUACUAUGCACGGAAAAUAAAGAAGUUGGAGCAGAAAAUGAAAAAAGUUCGACGGGAUCGCCGAGGGGAGUCGUCGGAUUCAGAGUCGUGGAGUUCGGUGUCGUCUGACCAGUACGAGGAGGAAGUGGUAAACGAGCUUGGUGUCGAUCAUGCUUCCGAGCUGGAGGUUCCGCAAACCGAAGGACCCCAAGAGGAAAAUCAACCAUCUCCAUUCCUUGAUUCUCAACUGGAAACAACGCCGGAGCUAGAUCCGAGUAUUUUGAAUAUUCUAGGUGACGAACCUGCUAAUGAGGAAAUAUUUAGCAAGGCUGUUCACAAGGAUAUUGCUAGCCGAUGGUCCGAUAUACUAAUCAAUGGGUUAAAGGAGGAUGUGAAAAAGGGAAUUAUUACAUGUCACGAUAUCCCUGAGAAUCUUACGUUACUGCAGAGUCCUAUACUAAACCCUGAAAUCAAAGCAGCAGUCAACGAAAACGCGCUCAAGAGAGAUGUUAUCUUAUCCGAUAAACAGAGAAGUAUGGCUUGCGUUAUAACAUGCAUAGCCGACUUAAUGUCGUCGAAUUUGGAAUCUGAUGCCGCAGAUAAUAAAGAAAGUUUGAAGUUACUCAGCGAUGCAGGCCGCUUGUUAUGCCAUGUACAUUACGAAGAGACAUCAGCUAGAAGGAACUUCUUACAAGCUUGUCUUAGCAAAGACGUCAAAGAAAAUAUAAAGGACCUGAAACGCGAUAGAUUUCUUUUUGGUACUGAUCUUUCAGAGAAACUGAAAUCUAUGAAGGCGAUAACGAAGACGGGCGCGGAGAUGAGACCUGCCUCAACGAAACCGAAGCCUCCACCCAAGAGCAGACAGGCUGAGGCGGGACCUUCGAGGGCUUUAAACUGGCGGGGCCCGCCACCGCCGGCACCUCGACGCGCGUACGCGAGGACGAGCUCGACGGCUGGUGGGCGCAGGCAGCCGGCAGCGACGCCGCGCAGCAGCGCGCGCCGCGACCCGCGGCCGCGGACCAGCAGGCUGGCCGCCAGUCGGCGCUAAGCAGCGAG